UAGCUCAGCGUUGAUUGAUCUGUAAAGCUGUAAACAACGAGACGAAUAAGAACACAAUAUUAGUAUUGGUUGUUUUUGUUUACGUUUUGAAGCAUAACAUUUUUAUACAUUGAUACUGUUUUUAUUUGAAAAUUAGUAGCCCCAUGUAAGAUACAUAAAAGCAGUGAAGAAUUAAGUUAACCGCCAAAUAUCUAAAGUAAUAAAUAUUGAUUAGUGCUUUAUUAGGGUGUUUGAAAGGAACAGUGGCAUAGUAAAAUCUAUAAUGUGUUGAGAUUUAAAUUUUGCAGAUGAACUACAACUGAUUGGGUAAAUCUUCUUGUUCUUACAUGUACCUUUCUCAAAAUACAACUGGAUAGCAAUGAAUUCAGCAAGUAAAGUUGGAGAAAUAUUUACAGCCGCAGGAGCAGCAUUUAACAAACUGGGAGAGUUGACUCUGCAGUUGCACCCAACAGCUGAUUCUCCUGCUGGUAAAUGGUCAGAGGAGGAAAUAGAAAUGCUGAGACAAGCGGUGAAAAAGUUUGGGGAUGAUCUGAAUCAAAUCAGUGAGCACAUCAAAGGCAGAACAGUAUCACAGAUCAGGACGACCCUGAAGAAGAAGGCGUUUGAGGAUGCAGGUAUCCCAGUGAGACAAUUGACAUCAGUGCAAGCUCCGCAGCAACAGCAGGGGAUGCUGACAAAGACAGUGCAGGAAGUAACACUGAAUAUGCUCAACGCCCCCGAGUCUGAGGUUGACGUUGAAGGCUUACACGAGGAUGUCAAAGUGGAGUUUGACGGAGCGAUGGAGGAAGUGACGUCCUAACAGUGAUUUUGGGUUUGAUUCUGACUUUGAGUGCUGUGAACUAUAAUUCGUUUUCAAGAGAUUAUUAUAUUAUAUUUAAUAUAUGGACUAGAUUGAGACUUUAUCACUUAAUGUAAGGCUGUACAAUUAUUUCUGUGGUUUUGAUUGAAUAUAUAUAUAUAUAAAUAUUUUUAUCAGUGAUGCAAUAUACAUAAAAUCAAUUUAUAACAUUCAAAAUCAGUAUCAAAUGUCAAAAAAAUUAAAGACAAUGUUAUGAGAGUA